AUGGACUUGAAAAUCGAAAAGCUGGGUGAAGGAACAUAUGGAAUUGUCUACAAGGCUCAAAACAGAGAAACCGGAGAUGUUGUUGCUUUGAAAAGAAUACGUUUGGAUAAUGAAGAAGAGGGCGUUCCGUGUACAGCAAUCCGAGAAAUUUCGCUGUUGAAAGAACUCAAGCACAUCAAUAUUGUCAGGCUGCAUGAUGUCAUUCACACUGAAAAGAAACUUACUCUUGUUUUCGAGUAUCUCGACUCGGAUCUGAAAAAGUUCUUGGAUACCAAUGCAGGAGAUAUUAGUGCUCCAACCAUCAAGCAUUUAAUGCAUCAGCUUCUUCGCGGGGUUGCAUUUUGCCAUGACAAUAGAGUUUUACAUCGCGACUUGAAACCACAAAAUCUUUUAAUUAAUAAACGGCUAGAACUCAAGCUUGCGGAUUUUGGUUUGGCUCGAGCUUUUGGUAUUCCUGUACGUGGAUACUCUCAUGAAGUCGUCACAUUAUGGUACAGAGCUCCCGAUGUUUUAAUGGGCUCUAGACAAUACUCGACUUCAAUUGACAUUUGGUCCACUGGGUGUAUUAUGGCAGAAAUGGCUAGUGGUCGACCUCUUUUUCCUGGAAGUUCAAUUCGUGAUCAAAUCUUGCGUAUUUUCAAACUUCUUGGCACGCCUGAUGAAAAGUCAUGGCCUCAGAUUUUGGAACUUCCCGACUACAAACCAGACUUUCCCAUCUAUCCUCCAACACGUCUUGAACCCCUCCUCCCAAAACUCAGUCCUGAAGGCAUUGAUUUAUUGAUGAGUACAAUCGAGUACCAGCCAGAAAAGCGGAUAAGUGCAGACGAAGCUCUUUUACAUCCGUACUUUCAAUGACACUCUACGACAUUUGCCUUGUCAAUACGGUGCUGCCAGUAUAGCUUUCGAACAGUGUCCAACUGUGCUAAACGUGUACAUAACUGUUACACCCAAAAAAUAUAUUAAUUUUUUCAUCACAAAUGAAAAUAGCAAUACGAUACGC